GCUCGACUUGAAGACGAAUCAACUGACCGAAACGUGGGCCCAUCAGCUGCCGCAUUGGGAGGAUUCGACGGUUGUGGCAAUUGCUGGCAAGCCGGCUUCAGAGCGCACCCACUCUCAAGGCCGUGUCCUCGCCGACCGCUCCGUCCUCUACAAGUAUGUCAACCCGAACCUGAUCGCCGUCGGGUUGUUGGCCAAAUCCGCGCCCCAGCUCAACAUCCAUCUUUUCGACUCUGUCACCGGCCAAAUCGUCCAUUCUGCUCGCUUGCCCAAGGUGACGGCCCCCGUCUACAUGGUCCACUGCGAGAACUGGGUUGCGUACGCCUACUGGACGGAGAAGGGCCGCCGAACCGAGAUCGGCAUCCUCGAGCUGUUCGAGGGCGAUGAGCAGCAACAUGUGGAAACGUUCGACUCGGAGGAGCCGCUGAAACGCCCGCUGCACGUCGAGCAGGCGUCUUUCAUCUUCAGCCAGGGCAUCAGCUCGAUGGCCGUCACCGAGACGGAGCAAGGCGCCUCAAACCGCGCGAUCCUCGUCUCGUUGCCGUUCGGCAACAUUUUCGAGGUGAACCGCCGCAUCCUGGACCCGCUUCGCCCGAUGGAGCUGACCCCGGAGAUGAGGGAGGAAGGCGGUUUCAUCCCGUACAUGCCCGAGAUCCCGAUUGCCACCGAGGAGAUGCUCAACUACAACCAGACGGUUCACCACGUCAACGGCAUCAAGACUGCGCCGUCCGGCUUGGAGUCGACGUCGCUGGUGUUCGUCUACGGGCUCGACCUCUUCUACACGAGGGCCACGCCUUCUGGAAAUUUUGAUGUGCUCAAGGACGAUUUCGACCACAUUCUGAUCUGCAUCGUGCUCGCCGCCCUCUUCAUCGGAUCGUACGUCUGCCGGAAGUUGGCCCGCAACAAGGCCCUCCAACAGCAAUGGGCC